AUGGGUCUCUUUGCUCUUGCUCGUCUCAUCACGUUCGGUGUGACCAUCCUCUUCUCCAUAAUCGUGAUGGGUAUCGCUGCCGACGUGCUCUCUCUCACCGAAGAGUACUACGAUAGCUACUACAUCUUCACGGCAUUGGCCGUCGCCACCGCCGUCCUCUCGCUCCUCUUCAUCACGCCCAUGCUCGUCAUCGAUUUCUUGAGGAAGGGUGCUUUCACCUCGAUGAUCAUCGUCGAGGUCGGCGUGUUGAGCUUCCUCUGGAUCCUCUGGCUCGCGACGGCAGCAUAUGCUGCCUGGACCGAUAGUCAGGUAUUCGCGGGCUAUUCAUGUGGCGACUUCACUCCUAUCGUCAGCCAGGCAUGUAAUGAAUUCAAAGCUGUGGAGGCAUUCGGUUUCCUAACCUGGAUCCUCCUCAUGGGCUAUUCCGUCACCCUCAUCGUCUUCGCCUUCAUCGGCCACUCGCGCGGUAACCGCACCUGGACAUCCACCCUCUCCGACGCCUCCUUCCUGUCAUAUGGUGCAGGUACAGGUCCCGCGGGCACGAAAGAGGCACCUGGCGGCCAACAUGUGUACCCGCCUUAUAACCCUAAUGCUCCCGCUGGCACCCCUUAUAGCUCCGUGCCGCAGGGUUCACCUGGGCCCCAUAAUGCGCAGAUGAGCGUGGCGCAUCCGGGGACACCGCAGGUUUGA